AUGGCACUGUUGAUCCUCACCAUCAUGAUGGUUUUGGUGGUUGUGUAUCUGUAUACAGUAAUCGCAUUCAAUUUCUUCCGAAAGUUCUUUGUUCAAGAAGGUGAAGAUGGUGAGGAACCGGAUCGCAAAUGCCACAACAUGCUCACGUGUUUCAUCUACCACUUCUACGCUGGUGUGCGAGCUGGUGGGGGUAUUGGAGACGAAUUAGAAUCACCAUAUGGAGAUGAACUCGAAUACCCACGAAUGUUCUAUGAUAUCUCGUUCUUCUUCUUUGUCAUCGUUAUUCUUGUUGCCAUCAUGCAAGGUUUGAUCAUCGAUGCCUUCGGUGAACUUCGUGAUCAGCAAGAAUCAGCGACAGAAAAACUCGAAUCGUCAUGCUUCAUUUGUGACAUUGGCAAAGAGACAUUCGAUCGAUUGCCAAGAGGAUUCGAAAUCCACACUACCAAGGAACACAACUUUGCCAACUAUCUAUUCUUCUUGCAACACUUGGUUAAUAAAGACGACACUGAAUACACAGGUCAAGAAACAUACGUUCGAGAGAAAUAUGAUAAUAGGUUUGUGCCCUUUCCAAUUAAGUUUUUCCGAAUACUUAGAGAAAUGUGGUAG